AUGGCAUCCCAGCCACCGAACAAAGCCAAAGCAUCACGAUGGGGCUCGCUGCUCUCGGGAGCCGUCGCUGGUCUGGAAUCGCGUCUGGACACAAUCCUAGCUGAGGACAACGAAGCAUCGGCUCGCAGCAGAGCUCAGGAUAAGGCUGCCGUCCUCGACAAGUCCUCUGCCGAAAAGCCUACUGCUCUUGCAGUUCCCAAUGCUCCUUCAGACACCUCACGUAGUCCGUCUCGCUCACGCCUGAACGAUCGAUUGCAAGAACGACUGGCCAAGGCUGUUGCUAGCCAGAAUCCUUCUCGCUCUUCCACUCCCCUAAACCAACCUGCCAGUCCGAGAUCUAGUCUUGGCUCAAGACAGUCGGCCGACAUACCACGACUAUUGCCGGACACUAAAGACGAGACUAUAUCAACACCAAGUGCAGAAGUCCCGGUCCUCGAUGUCUCAACCUCGGAUAUUCUCGAUGAACCCGGUCCUGAACCAUCAAUCGCCGACCCCACACCCGAGCUUGUAGUCACUGAACCCCCACCGACUCUCUUAACCUCUGGUCUACCAAUCAACCCCGCUCGCAUCUCCAACGACAGUCAAACCAGGCCCUCGAUCGACGUCGACGAUGAAGCUCAACCCGAGGAGAAGGUCGAAGAUCCUGAAGAGGAACAUGGAGCAGAGCUCGAAAUAGUAGCGUCACAAGAUGUUUCUGAAUUAAACACUGAGCUUGCACAAUUACGCCAGGAGAACGCCGAAGCUGAGAAGCAGAGGCAGGAAGAAAUGAUCGCAAACCUCGAACGUAUCGAUGCCUUGCAGGCAAAGCUUCAGUACCUUGCANAAGAAACCGUCGCUGCCGCGAAAGAGGCAAAUUCAAGUUCUCGGGCUACUCCUCAGGAUCGCAAACUUGCAGAGAAAGAUGAGCGUAUCGCUCUUCUGAUGCAAGAAGGUGAAAAGCUGAGCAAGGUUGAGAUGCGUCAAGUGGCUGCUAUCAAGAAGAUGCGCCUAAAAACACAACAAGACGAGAAGGCCAUGGCUGACCUACGAAAACGUCUUGCUCGACUUGAAGAUUCCGAAUCAGACCUUAAGCAACGACUGAAGCGGACAGAGCAGAUUGAGAAACAAAGCGCUGAGCAAUCGAAGCGAUACUCAAACCUUGAAAAGGAUCUCGAGAAUCACAAGUCGGAGCUCGCGAGUAGUAGUGCCACAAUCGCCAGUCUCCGAAGUCAACUGUUCGAAGCUGAAAGGAAAGCUGAGGAUGCCGAAAGCAAAGCAAAAGAGAGCGUAGUUCAAGCAGAUACCAACAAGUUGUCUGCCGUUCAAGAGCAGCUCGAGGAUGCAAAACUGGAGAAGAAGCUGGCGGACGAUAAAUGGAGCGCGGAAGUCAAGCGGAUCACUGAAGAAGCUCGUCAGCAGAGGCAGCAGGCCAGCUUUCGUGAAUCAGAGCUUACUAACGAGAUCUCGGUGAGUUUGUUCCAUGGUGAGAGUCAUCUUGUAUGUGGUGCUUAUGUGCAUUAUAGANAUUAUGAAAGUCGUCUCGAAGCACUCCGUGUCCGCGCAGAGGAAGCGUCUUCGGAUGUAGGAGGCGACUCUCAAGCCAAACUACUCCGUCAGAUCGAGACACUACAGACCCAAUACUCUCUAGCAGCAGAGAAUUGGCGGAGCAUCGAGACUUCAUUGAACGGACGUAUCGCUGCAAUCGAANAAGAACGAGACGAAGCCACAAAGCGUGAAGCCGAUGUACGCAAGAAAGCUCGCGACGUUAGCAGCAAGGCCAAACGCUUUGAAGAGCAGCUUGAAGAAAUGACCGAGGAAUCUCAACUAUUGACUUCACAACUCCAGGCCAGCAAGACGGAGCUGAAGAGACUGCAGGCACGUCUCGAAACUGCGGAGACAUCUCUAAACGAAGCAAGGGCAGACCUCGAUCGUCAAAAGCAGACUUUCGAAUCUGAAUUAAGUCAAAAGUUGGAAGAGGAGAGAACAAGGCAACUCUCACAAGGGCUAGGUAUUGCGAGUCCCAACAAUGGAGCCAUGGCUUCGAGAACGGAAUCACCAACCAGCUAUUUCCGAAAGCAACACUCGCAAGAUCCUUAUGGAUCUGUGCAGUCACGGCGUGGACUCUCACGUAUACCUUCUCAGGAGCAGACGACGAAUUUGUCAAUAGACCGUUCCGUAUCGCGACGGCCAUCGACCCUCACACCGGGUCUGAUACCUUCGCGCACACCUAUGACCCCUGACUUCCCUUCACCAAGCGUUAGCAGACAAGGCUCUAUGUUCUCACUAGCUCAACUCAUCAACGGUGGCAAUGGAGCAGCACCUCAAACACCUUCCAUCCACACCAACGACGUCGAUGCCGAUGACAACUUCGACAACAGAUCCAGUCCCCAGCGAACAAUCAACGAUGUCAUCAGUGCCUCUACCGUACACACAGGCCCCAGUGUACAGUUGGUCCAACACAUGUCCUCCAAGAUCCAACGCCUCGAAGCCGAAAAGUCAGCACACAAAGACGAACUUGCACGCUUGGUCACCCAACGCGACGAAGCUCGAGAUGAAGUCGUAUCCAUGAUGCGCGAAGUCGAGACCAAACGCAGUGUAGACGGCAAAACCGACAAACUCGAGCAAGAACUUGGACAGGUCAAGCAAAGAUACGAAGCUUGUCUUGAAAUGCUAGGCGAGAAAGAAGAGGAAGUAGAAGAGUUGAAGAGUGAUCUUGUGGAGGUCAAGAAGAUGUAUCGCGAGCUUGUUGAUAGGAACAUGAAGUAA